AUGAGGCCAAAGAAGAAGAAACCAGAUAAGCCCCCUGACCCGCCUAUCCAUGAACAGGAUAACAAUAUCGCUCAUGUAGAACCUGCGCUGAGCCUUUUCGACAUCGUUUACUCGACCGAUACCGAACCGGACCAUACACAUAAUGACAUACCCCGCAAUCCGUUUAUACCCAUGUCGAAUUCGACUCGUCGUAAAUCCUUCAGGUCCAACAACCCAUUCUACCGCACUAUACCUCACCCUUCUGCUUCCCUCGAGUUCGGCCCCCGCCCGCACCAAAUCAACAGUUCCGGGGGGUCUGAAGCUGGAAGGUCGGACGUUAACUAUGAUCACUCGUCCACGACGACCAACAGCCACAACUCAAGUACUACAGUCACGACCGGCAGCCACAACGUCACGAAUUAUAUCACGAACCAUUAUCAUUAUUAUAAUUACUUUACCCCUGGGCAAGCGCCUACCAAACUCCCGGACCUCCAACCUCAAUCAAAAAUGCCACGGGCUGGCUUGAGUAGCAGAGAUCUUCGCUUUUUCUUCGCUGGCACUGGCGCUGGCGCCCUUAUUGUUAUUUCUUGUUUAUUUGGAGACCCUGGUAGCGCGCAAUUGAGCUUCUGGGCUGGCAUGGGCGAUGAGAUGCCCUUUCUGAUCAUUCUGCCCCUCAAGGGUGUCAGACCAGAUGUUCGAGAACCGAGCCGCCAAACAAAGGGUCGUCCAAGUAAAUUCCCCGCUUCGUUGUACCAUCUUGAUGUGCACAGAGUACCCUUCAACUCUGCGCGGGCCUCGCUGGGUGGUUGCAGUGGUCAACCUGAAAGGGUGCGACCGCUCGCCGUGUCCGGCUCGGCGUUGAUCUACUUCUAUCACACCGUCAAGUUCAAGCAUAACAUCGAAAGCAGCCGACCGACCAGAAAGCAGCCGACCAGUGUUCGGCUGUGGUCGGUCGGCUGCUUUCGAUGUUAUGCUUGA